AAAGAAAGAUGCCAAGCGUGUGACGGAAAGAACACCUUUCCUUCUUUGGACGACCGAGAUUCUUUCCUCACAAAAUCAAAAUCCCCUUUCUUGCUGAAUUCCUUCUUCCGUGCUUCGUUCCCCAAUUCCCAAACCCUAAUUGCUUCAAUAAGGGUACGAAUUGGGGAUUUUCUUUCAAAGCCGAAGCGUCUGGGCGAUUUCUAAAAGUUCUCGCCUUUGCGAAUAGGCAACCACCAUGAGCCCCCAAUUCCCCAAACCAACAUGCUCUUUCCUCAUCAUCAUCACCAUCGCCAUAAUCUUCGCCGUUAGCACCAUCCCCACCGUCCGAUCAGACUACAUAGCCUCGGUUGUUGGAUCCUUAGAAAAAAACUACGAUGACUGCAUCCAGACCAAGCCCGCGUCCUGCCCCGUGAACUGUUUCCGGCCCAACCCGGUCUGCGGCACCGACGGCAUGACCUACUGGUGUGGCUGUCCCGACGCCGCCUGCUCCGGCACCACGGUCGCCAAGAUGGGUCACUGCGAGGUCGGCAAUGGCAGUGGCGAGCAGGGCCCUGUCUCGGGCCAGGCCCUCCUUCUUGUCCACAUCGUCUGGCUCAUCGUGCUCGGCUUCUCCGUCUUGUUUGGGCUUCUCUGAUGGGCUUGGGAAUUCUCUGGGGUUCAUAUCAUUGAUUGAUUGGUCAGUUUUUUUAUUUUUUUUGUUUAAGAUUUUUUUCUGAGAAUUUGGGUGCGUGUGUGAGAGAGAGCGGCAGUGCAUUUCUUUCUUGUGUACGUAAGAGACGAAUAUAUACGGAUAGGGAUUGUAUUUUCCUCCUAUUCUUUUUGUUAUAUGUAUAAGCUUCCAUUCUUUUCUU